AUGGCUUUGACACAGAUUCCUUUCCCGGCUAGGCUUCUCGGAAAGUUCGAGGCAGGAGAAGUCUCGCCUUCCUUCCAGGCGAUGCACGCUUCGCCUGUGAGAUCACCGGCCAGCACGGGUGGCACAUUUUCGGCUGUGACUGACUCGCCGAUCUCGCCGACCGGCACGAAAUCUGCGUUUUUCACUGCCAGUGCCUCGGAGAAGCUUCAGCUUCACAAGGCCGGGCAGUGCCAUCCAUGUGUAGCCUUCGCCUACAGAUCGGGCGGGUGCUACAAAGGCGACUCCUGCACCCACUGUCAUCUUUGCACAGCCACCGAAGCAACGGCGCGAAGAAGGCAACUGCAGGAAGCCGCACGCCGGCAAAGGAAGCAGCAGAAAACGGCAGAUCAAGGGAAGAUGACAGCUCGCAUUCUGGCCGGAGAGGCCUUUUGGCUUUGA